UUGUAUUUGAGGUUUACUUUUGACAUUCAUUUAUUUUUUGUUGUUUAAAAACUCCCCUUUUGACGUUUUAUUUCCUUUGCCAGAUGGUAAUCAUAACUAUCAGAUAAGUUUACAUGUGAACCGUUCUCCCUCUCACAGUGAGAGACAUCAAGAAGAGGGACCGGCAGAGAGAGCAGUCCCCAUAUGCUCACUGUAGGGUGUUAUUCAAAUCAGAAACAUGCGAGAACCCUUUGGUAAGGUGCCAAUGACUGGAAAUACUUUGAGUUAAUUUUUUUUUUAAUCUCUCAAUGAAAUACCAGGGUGCCACAAGGUGUUCUGGGACAAAACACAUUUGACUUUCCCUUUUAAUGAAUGAAAUUACUUUCCGUAUGCCCAGUAUUUUAUAUGUAAUUUUUCUUUUUUUAAAAAAAUAGCCUUUCGAUAAGCAGGCAAGAGAACAGACAGAAAAAAAAAGUUAUCACAUAAAAAAGACAAGUCCUCACAUUAAAAACAACAAAUCCACACAUUAAUAAAAGAACAUAAGCAAGUCCGCACAUAAAAGGCACAUUUCUAGAGAAAUGCCAGCCGAGUCACCAGGGGAAUUUGAGAUUAAAAAGGGGGACAAUAACACUGCAAAGUUUAUUACAGGUUCCCCUCAACUUGUUUUGAACAUCCCAGCUGCAACCCAGUUCUGAAUGCUGUGCUAUCCUGGACAACCAGACGGGUACAAUUCCAUUUCGAGCCUAAAUACAUGGGGUUUGGUGCCCACGUAAUGAAACUUAAAAUAUUAUCCGAUCCAUCCUCGGCUUACAAGUUUAAAGCUGAUCAUGUGUGUUAAAUCGGCGUCUGCAAAUCCUUGACUACUUUAAACAUCGAAUUGGGGUGUUGACAAGGUCCAGGGACGGGGGGGAUAUUCUGCAGGCGUAGACACGGUCACGGGUGGGGGGGGGGGGGGCAAGAAGAGUCUCUGAUCCCUUCUCUGACCCUUCACUGAUUCACCAAGUACCGAAACAGGAAUUGCGCUCGAAGUGUUGGUUCCGAGGAGGUUAAUCCAGUGGGUCACGUCUCGAAAGGGAAACCGAAUUGGCCUUAACGCUAAAAACAAAAAUAAAGUGACAUUUCGCCAAGUUGCUGGCACUGAUUGUUGGCAGAGAUCAGUACUUGCCAAUAAAGAGGUUUUUUUUUUAUUUUGUCUACCUGAGUCGGAAGAACGGCUGGAGUGGGAUCAAUGUUUCCAGAGAGGAAGCUGUAGAAGAGAAAGUGUCACGCCCCUUUGCAAAUAAAAGCAGCGAGAGUGCAGCGUGGAACAAAUCAACACACACAGAGACACACAGUCACAGCGCCGAGCAGUCAUGAGUAGCGCUGUUGGUUACAACGCUACCCACAUGGGGAGUACACCACUGGAGACUGGGCUUCUCCUCCAGCCCGUCUGGGACCUGGUGCGGGCCAAGCAGCAAUGGAUGAAGUCUCCUUUCUUCCCAGUCACCUUCUCCUUGGUGGUCUACUCGACUUUCUGCCUGCCUUACAUCGCCCUGGACCUGCUGGCGAAGAAGCUGCCCUCCCUGAGGAAAUACAAGAUCCAGGCUCAGAGUAACCCGAGCCUGGGGAUGAUGGCGAGCUGCGUGGCUCAGACCCUGUACAACCACCUGCUCUACAUCUUCCCGCUGUCGGUGGCCCACUGGUACUGGCGCCCAGUCCAGCUGCCGCCCUCAGCCCCCGAGCUGCACCGCCUCCUACUGGACAUCGCUGCCUGCCUGCUGCUCUUCGACUUCCAGUACUUUGUGUGGCACCUCCUGCACCACCGAGUGCCCUGGCUGUACCGCACCUUCCACAAGGUCCACCACAAGUACACAGCCACGUUCGCCCUGGCCACCGAGUACUCGGGAGCUUGGGAGACCCUGUCGCUGGGUUUCUUUGCCGCCAUCAACCCGGUCAUUCUGCGCUGCCAUCCCCUCACCACGCUGCUGUUCUUCGUCUGCAACAUCUGGCUGUCGGUGGAGGACCACUCCGGCUACGACCUGCCCUGGUCCACCCACAGGCUGGUGCCUUUCGGGCUGUACGGAGGGGCUCCUCACCACGACCUCCACCACAUGAAGUUCAAAACUAACUAUGCGCCUUACUUUACUCACUGGGACAAACUGUUGGGUACUUACAGUACACUACACAGCAAGAGUCAGUGAUUUGCUCCUACUCUUUUUAAGAACGAAAGAAAAGACUUGCAUUUGUUUGCUCCUGAAGGUUUGGACAUUGAUGGAGAAGGACUUGGACUGCUGGCCAGUGAUUUGUACAAGACUAACACUUGACUUUGUAUAAUGUACAGUUUCUUUACAAUGCACUUUAAACAUUACUUGUGUCAUGAAAAAUGCUAUUUUAUAUUGUUUUUCUUGUAUCGGAAUAAUAUAUUGGCUAUAGAA